GAGCUCACGGUGCGACGGAACCAUGCCGCCGCGCCCAGCGUCACGGAAAAACCGACCACAGGGGAAGCGCGAAACGAGCUGGCGCACAAUGUAACGCGAGGUAAUAAAAGUGGCGGUGUAAGGAGCUCUCGUAAGGGAUGAAUUCGAGUGGUGAAUCAGGCGGCACGAUGGUCGACGAUUACGAGGGUGGAGGGAGUGGCGGUGGUGGUGUCGUCGAGGGUGGUUGCAGCACGGUGGAGAUCGAGACUGGCUCGACACUACCAGCCUGGGAAGCGAUAGCGGCCUCACUGACAUUGGGUUUCCUCGUGAUCGCGACCGUCCUUGGUAACGCACUAGUGAUUCUGAGCGUAUUUACGUACCGGCCGUUGCGAAUAGUGCAAAACUUUUUCAUCGUGUCAUUGGCGGUGGCCGAUUUGGCAGUGGCGAUACUCGUGAUGCCGUUCAACCUGGUUUACCUGCUCCUCGGCAAGUGGAUAUUCGGUAUACAUUUUUGUAAGUUGUGGCUGACGUGCGACGUGCUGUGUUGUACAGCGAGCAUAUUGAAUUUGUGCGCGAUCGCCCUGGACCGUUACUGGGCGAUAACGGAUCCGAUAAACUACGCGCAGAAGCGAACUUUGAAGCGCGUCCUCGGUACGAUAGGGGGCGUGUGGCUGUUGUCCGGUGCAAUAAGUUCGCCGCCGUUGGCAGGGUGGAACGACUGGCCGGAGGAGCUCGAGCCUGGGACGCCCUGUCAGUUGACCAGGCGGCAGGGCUACGUUAUCUACUCGUCCCUCGGCUCAUUUUUCAUCCCACUGUUGCUCAUGAGCCUCGUUUAUCUUGAGAUAUUUUUAGCCACGAGGAGACGUUUGCGGGAGCGUGCGAGGCAGAGUCGGCUCGGUGUUGUUACGUCGACGAGGCAUCGCCACGAGCACGAGGACGCCGAAGAGUCCGUCAGCUCGGAAACUAAUCACAACGAGCGUUCGACGCCGCGUUCACAAAUUAAAGCCUCCCUCGACGACGACGAAGCAAUCGAAGCGACGACCGGCGGUGCCGGUGGCUGUAGCGCCGGUGGACCAGCGAUAGGCGGACACGGGAGACGUGCCGGCGUGUCCGCCGCCGGUGGCACCUCAACCACCGUCUACCAAUUCAUCGAGGAACGUCAAAGAAUAUCCUUGUCAAAAGAGAGACGAGCCGCUAGAACUCUUGGCGUCAUUAUGGGAGUUUUCGUCGUGUGUUGGUUGCCCUUUUUCCUCAUGUACGUUAUCGUCCCCUUUUGUCCCGCCUGCUGUCCCUCCGAGAGGCUCGUUUACUUCAUCACGUGGCUCGGCUACGUCAACAGCGCACUCAAUCCCCUCAUCUACACUAUUUUCAAUCUCGACUACAGGCGAGCCUUCAGAAGGCUGCUGCACAUUCGUUGAUUCCAAUAUUUCUUCAUCAUUCUCAUGACUAUUUUAUUGUUAUCGUUAUUCCUAAUAUCAUUGAUAUUAUCGUUAUUAUUAUUAAUCUUGAAGACACGUCUCCGACACACUCCGGUCCAGGUGACAAUACGCGGAAAUUGCACCCCAGGUAUUGUAGAUAUCACCAAGUAAUUGUUGCAACGAGAGCGUACAUUUACCUCCUAAGAAUUCAUCAACUUUAAAUAUCCGGUCGUGCGUAGGGACUCGAGUAAGAUUCUCCGGAAUAACGUCGCGGUGUUGCGACGAACCGUUAAUUCUUUCAGUCUCUCACUUUAUUGUUCAUGAUUUCCUCACGCGAGGGAGUCACUAACGUGCGAAUGGCGAGAUGAUCUCGGGCCACUGCGAAAAUGGGACGAUGAGAAUCGCCGAAUUCGGCCAUCCCCCACUUCGGCAGCUUACCCACGGCUGACUAACUCUUAAUUAUCUUUACUGCUUUUGAUCGAACGAUGUUAUAAUGGGACUGUAGUGUUGUUCACGUAGAGUUGGCUCUCGCGGCGGCGUAAAUCGAGCGAACAGGACAAAUACGCGAUAUUGAUGCGGCGCGAGCCGCGCCGUCGUCAAUUCAAUUACGCCGUAUAAAUUGAACAGAUUUCAUUAUCGCUCACUCGACUAUUAAUCUGCUAACCGCGAUCUGUCCCGUAUUAUUCGACCGUCAAAAUAAUGCUCUCAGGGAUUUCGGCGGGUUUUUUUUCGCCCGGUUUUUUACCCUCCUCCGCGCGUCUUUCCUCCACCGCGUGUGCCUCUCAUUUACUAUCAGUUUACACAGUACACGACUAUACAUCGUUUCAGUUCGGAUUAACGGUACGCCCUCUCGAAACACCCCAGCGAUGUUGCAUCCCCGGUUCCUGAGUCUCUCUCUCUCCCGGUUGACGUGAUUUAUUGGGCGAUACUAUAUCUCGGACCGUACACGAUAAUUAUCUCGGAUCCAUGCUCGCGUGAAUCUGCAUUCGUGGCAACGUUGGUACACGAACUCCUUCCUUCUCUCUCCCCCUCUCUCGCUCCCUUUCUUUUUCUCUUCCCAUCCACGGAUUUCAUCCCUCUCCCCUGCGACUGUUUCUCCAAUGCUGUUGCCCGACUACGCUCCAGGCGCUUUGAAUAUCCGGUUGAAACUUUGUUUCUCCCCCGCCGGUAUAGUUUAUCGACGUAUUCGCUCCGUUAGCCGGCUCGGCACAAAAGUUUCGCGAUUUCUCCCAGACAAUACUCCUCCCCCGGUCUUCUUUAUGUGCUGCAUCACGUCGGGCGAGUCCGUUUCUGAGGCGGCCCUGUUUGACACCGAAACUCCCGUUACGAUGCCCGCAACUUUAAUUGCCACUUAUUGACAAUUUCCUCGAUCAUUAACGCACCGCGUAUUCCUGUAACACGAUCAUCGAUCGCUUUUCGAAGCCCGGCGCGCACCGCUAUGAUGCACGGGAAAACUUCACAAACGCUGGAGGAAAAACGAAACAAUUAGAUUUUUCUCGAAACAGCUUCUCUGAGGCCUUGUACAAGCCCAAGUAAAAGUUACGAUCGAGCUUCUAAAGGCUCAGCGGUAAAUGAUUUUUCAAUACUUUAUCUCAUCUCGUUUCCAAGGAAUAUUUCAGAAGGGGGUAAAGCGAUUCGACGAUCGCAUUAUCGAGGCGCGCAAUUCUUUUCAUUUACUCAAUAUCCAUUGAGUCCUUAAAAUGCUGCAAAAAGGCAACAAACUGGUGCGAAUGCGAGAGGAAAAAAGCUUCCUGGAGAGAGCCGCAUUGAAAUGGCUCGCAAUUGUUUUCGUCGAUAGACUCUUCGACACGAAAUUUAUGCGCCGUUCCGGUGAGGUCAGUUGAAAAGAUAAAUGUGAAGUAUAUGGAGGAAUUCUAACUUUUCAUGGAGAUUGGAAAACGCGGCAUUCUCGUCUCUAUUAAAUUCUCAAACUCUGUUGAAUCGAUGAAAACGCUUUAUAAAGGUUCUUCCCUCGGAAAACGGUCGAACAAUAGCGAAAAUCAAGGUGCGUAAUAAAGUGGAGAAUGCAGAAUGGAGGAAAGACUCGAGAGGACGAGUCGGCGCGUUCGCUUUCAUCGUCAAGAAUCAUCGCCGGAAAUCGCUUCAUCAAUUCGAUCGCAUUAUCCGAGGAGAGCGGGCGGGCGCGCGCCCGCGCGCGCGUAUCGACUUCUCGCACCGCUUCCUAAUAUACAUGCGGCUUUCCGUGAGUAUAGCUUGUAACUGUUGGAUAAUCCAAUCUACUGCAUUACUCGAGGGUUACCAGUGUACUAAUGAACACCCAUUUGAGGUUAAUCGCACACGCGCGUUGUCGCGCGGUUGAAUAAGCCGCAGCGAUAUCUCCUCUCAGUCGAUAUUCAAACAAACGCAAGAUUUUCCAUUGCUCGCUGAUCUAAUUGAGUGGAUUUUCAAAUAGGAGGAAGCGCCGCGUUCAAUCAGCUAAAUUGAAGAGUUUUCUCAAAGGAAAUUGGAUUUAGAAUCGAAACGACGGCACACAACAAUGUACUCGGCGAGGACUCCAUUCUCGAGAAUUCGUCACAAACAAUGAGAAAUUCCGUUCCGCUUGCCGAUCCCGGGCUCUAAAGCAGGACUCGACGAAAGUUGAAUAUUAGAAACUCCGCGUCUUUUCUCCUUCGGUACAUUGUUCAACUCGCGCGCGCUGAUAUACAGGCAUAAUAUCCGGCCCGAUCGCAUUCCCGUGUUAUGAAUUUCGCCCGGAUUGGAAAUUUCCAAUCAAUACGUCGCCGAGGCCGCGCAGUGAUGGAUUAAUAAGAAGCAGCGCGACUGUCGGCCGAGGGAAGACAAUCCCUCGUGGAGAGUUAUGAGAACUUUCUAAUAUCCUCAGCUGAGUAAUUGAGCCCCCUGAAAAAUCGAAACGCGGAGAUAGCGCCUCGUAUCGCCAGCACGCUCCAAAUCUCCCUCAACAAGAGUAAUAACUAUCCAAAGCUCGUCGUAACUCGGUUGGCUCAACCGCCUUUAUAUUCGUUGCUCCAGAAACACGAGCCUGAUCCACUACUUUCGGCGCCUUCCCCAUCAUCAUUUCGAAUUCAUAAUCCCAUCACAGAAGACUGACCAAUUUCAGUUGAACAGAAGCCCAUCGCUAAUUCCGCGAUCCGCUCUCUAUAAUUAUCGUGGGAAUCCGCUCCCGCGUUUCGCCUCACUCGCUCAUGUAUAACUUUGUUCCACCGGGCCGAAUGCACUCCCUCGGAAUGUUAGUUAUCCUCCGUCCAACAUUUCCUCUCUCUCUCUCUCUCUCUCUCUCUCUCUCUCUCUCUCUCUCUCGCUCCCCCCGAGCAGUCAAUGCGCAUUUAUAUAUGCACGGAGUAUAGUUUACUUCCUCGAAUUCUCCGGGGCACAGUCGGAUGCAUUAAUAUUCCGAGGGAGCAAUGGGGACGACGGAAAAGCAUAGAGCGAGUCCGAUCCUUCCGUCGCUGGGUGCCGUGCCAGUCCGGAUUACUGGCUUGGCAAGGAGACGCGAGAAGUUUAACGCGCCCUGGCGAAACAACGGCGAUGCACUUCCCUCGGUCCAGGCAUUAACGUUGCUUUGACAAUCGGACUCACAAAGCCCGCUCUCACACCCGCCUGCCCACACACACACACACACACACACACACACGCACACACGCCUACACCAACCAGGCUCAAGAUUACUCAGUCCCGCCGCGUUAACUCGGCUUUUCUCUUCACCUUUUCUACCCCCGCUAUAUCUAUCUAUACAAAUAUUCUCUCAUUUAUAUAUACUCUGUGAGAUUUACCGAGUUUCGCACCCCCGCAAUCGUCUCGGAGAUGCCGCCGAACGUACUGUCUCCCUGGAUAAACCAGUUUGCUUUUGUAUGCGCAUAAACAGAAAAUGUGACGCUUCCUGAGUAAAAUCGAAUAUGCUUCGUGCAACGAAUGCAAUCGUGCAAACGCUUUUUUGGAGGAUCUUAUAUACAAGAGUAGGAAACGUUGGGCCGCCUUUUUUCGGUAUUUUUGGAAAAAUUUCGAGGGAGCAGAUUUUCGCUGGCUCUUGGAAAUUGAAUCCCUGAGAGUUUUUACUUCGAGUGACGCAACUUUCGACCCGAAUUUCCAUCUCUCCAGAAAUCAUAAUAUUCCGACGUUUUAUUUGCGAGGUUCGAGAGUUCCACAGUCGGGAAAACAAAUAAGUUUUCACCACAUUAAGCUGCUGCGGUGACGGGAUCGUUUCCCGAGAGCAGUGCCCACAGCUCAAACUUGGCCAUUCGAUCCGAAACGUUUCGAACAAGAGUGACAGUCAACUCAAAAUUCGCCACCUUGUACAGCUCCCAAAGCAGCCGUAAGCCCGAGAUCAUCUGGUGGCGACGAAGCAUCUUGGAAUUUCGAGUUAGAAUAUACGACAGAGCCUCGAGACAGCGACGUGAGAACAAAAGUUUCAGUGGAUCGACGGGCUUGCAGCCCGCCGGGAGCGCGAAUAUAGUGACGAUGACGGAGGAACAGAGAACAGAGGAAACUCAAAGGACUCGGUGGAGUGGAAUAUACUCGUAUUAUCUCAUUUUUCAAUUGAGGACUUUCGAGCUAGUUUUUUUAUGAGUCUGAACAUUGAAUGAUUUAUUCAACAGAAUAAUAACGGUCAGCAGGCAAGCAUUGAAUUGCAUUUCCACAUGAGCAUAAUUCACGAAUGGCUCGUAUUAAAGACUCUCGAGAGCCUCAAUUUUGUACUCCUUGGUACUUUUGAUCUCGCGACCUUGCUGUUGAGAGAAAUAAAUACAACUAAUUUUGAGGGACAAUUAAUUUUCUAUGAAAAUGACCAAAAAUUCCGGUGAGAGACUCACGAUGUACCAUAUUAAGGUCCUCGAAUGCGCGAGCACACAACGCGUAUAUUGUAAUCGAGAGAAAUAACGAAGGUCAAUCGUGCAGACAUUGAAUUCUUGUGGGUUCACCGUCUCUGGUCGUUUGCUCUCGACAAAUUUCACAACUCAUUUCUCCUCUCUCUCUCUCUCUCUCUCUCUCUCUCUCUCUCUCUCUCUCUCUCUCUCUCUCUCCCCCUUCCGACGGAGCACACGAGCUGGAAGCUUGAAAAAUUCUUUUUAAUCUCAAAAACUCGAAUUUCUCCAGCAAUAUUAAAUAACUUAAUAUUUCUCGGGCACACGAUAGAUAUCUUGAUUGCGCUGUUUGUCGAACUUUGGCGAGGAGCACGCGAGCAAAGUUACCAAGUUUUACGUACUUAAAACUUGGGUGUACCUCCGUAAUACGAAGGAUCCUGUUCCUUUUUUUCUUCUUGAAGUAGAAGCAGAGAGUGUGCCACGCGAUCAAUCAUUCGUGAGGAGACGUUCGUGAAGAAGUAUAGCACGCUCAUUACAAUCGCGAAGCUCGCUCUGUCACCAAGCUCAUAACCACACCGAGCCUAAUGGCUCUCUCGUGCUCUAAAAGUUCGGAUUCGUUCGAGCUCCGCAUAAUCGAGUCGAAACGAAGAACUUCAAAAACGCUCAUUCACCAUUAUAUUAAUUUUCCUCCCUCAGAAACGCCGCUUAACGACUUUCUCAGUAAACUCUCGAAGAUAAUAGCGAAAUCUAGGCAAAGAGAGAAAAAAACUGAAAAACCGUUCCGAAUCUUGAAAAUCCUUGUCUAGAGAGGGAGAGAGCGAGAUAUCUGACAGACGGAAAGGAAGCGAAUAUAAGAAACGAGUGAAAGAAACAGAUAGGAAUCAUGAGUGAGAAAAAUAGCGGAUAGUACGAAAGAUGAAGUUGAAAGUAUGCAUGGCAUGAUGCGAGAAAAUCUUGGAGAGAGCAAGCACGCGAUACACAAGCCGCGAAGCACUCAGCGGCCUUGGGGUCGAUUAUAUUAUACGCGAAAGCUGUGCCGAGUGCAUGUAUUCUUUGAAAAAGAGGGACAAAGAGUUUGUAAAAAGGAGAAAAAAGAAUGAAAAGAAAAAAACGCAUAAUUCUCAGCCGACAACAGUCGUGAGAAAAUAAAAUCUCGAGCUCGGAAGCUUUCGUUUAAAAAACCUUCCGAUUAUAAUAAGACAAUGUGAAAAGAUAGCAACGAGGACGACGACCUGCGGUGUGCAAACCACUCGUUUGUAACAUAAAAGUAUACACACAUAUACACACACACGCGUGUCAGUGGUUAAGAAAGCGAUAGAACGUGGUGUAAAUUUUAUCCACCUUCGUUAUAAAUUGUAAGUAUUAAGGUUGUGAGUAUCAUUAAAUAACAAACUAACGGGUUAUGACUUUAAGGAUCGGAAGCGUGCGAUAAUUAUAAGAAAAUGAUCAUGAAUACGAUAUUAUUAUUAUAAAUAAUAACAAUAAUGAAUAGAAAUAAAUGAUAUUUGAGCUCGAUUACCAAUAAAGUCGCAUCGCACAAAAGCUCGCGACGAAAUAGCAGCGUUGCACAAUAACUUUACCAACAUACGAAAAUUUCCAAAAAAACGUGCACAGAGAAAAAAUGAGUGGACGAGAUUGUAAAUUUAAGGGAUUCUUAAAGCGAUAAUAUUGGUGUUUAUCCGACGAUUGUGCGAAGAGCUUUUGAUUUAUUUGAGAUAAAAAGUCGUUGGCGUAGCCACGGCAUCGGGCGAUGUGUCAAAGAUGAUAAAAGGAGUCUCAUAACGAGGGCGAAUCGAGUGAGCGAUGCUCGUAGUAAAUUAUUUGAUAUCUCUAAAUGAAAUUCGAUAAGAAUAUUCAUAAUAAUAAUUAUAAGUAAUAAUACAAACUCGUACGACGAAUGGGAGUUGGAUGUAAUGAGAGAAUGCGAGUUAAAAUAAUCAUUGAUCCGAAUGAAAAGGGGAACACGAACAAAGCUGUUGUGUGACUGGUUAAAUGUACAGACGCCGGGUUCUCGGCACACCCGAAGCCCACGACAGCGACACACACUUACUUUGCAAAAUGUUUUUAACCACCGACGUAUAUAUUUACGAUUGUAAGAUAUAUCUUCAUUCCGAGAAAUUGUAUCGAAGCUAAAAGAGCUUCGGUAAAUGUGUGGGGACAUGAGAGUAAUUAAGGUGGGACGACGAUGAUGAGCAUGCAGUUAUAAAAGUUAAGAAAAUCAAUAACUAUUGUAACACCGUAACAAGAGGUGCUGGCACUCUUUAAUAAGGUUGUGAUAAGGUUGUGAAAUACAUUCUUAGCCGCGCUUUAAAUAACACGAAAUUUUCAAAGAAACGUAACAACUAAAUUUGGAGCAAUUAUUGAAGUGAUUGGAGGCACUUUCGACGCAUAAAUAGACGUCACUGUAAAUUCCAGUCACUAUUGGCACGAUAUUUUCUCCUCGCAAGCGCUUCCGGAGACUCGCCUAGCUCGUCGUGUCGUCGAGAAAGCUCGUUUUAAGUAUUGAAUUAUUGAGGCUUUCCGUAUUCGCUGACGGUCGCUAAAGAGUUGUGACAAAAUUUGGCGAUUCUUUGAAUUUUGGGAAAAGACAAAGAGCGCUUUUGAAUAUAGGAAAUUUGAUGAAUUAUUACGACGUUGUUCGAACCCCGUCGUGUGCACCGAUGCAGCGAGGGUCUAGUUUUUAUUCCUCGAGACAGAAAUAAUCUCUCGCUCAGCGAAAAAUAGGGAUCAAAUGGUAAAGAAAAUACGCACUCGAUUAAAGUGUCGUUUUAUAAUAAGGUCUCCCUCAGUGGGCGAGCGCCUCUCGUUCCAAUUGAAUUUUCAUGAGAGAAAAUACACACCGAUGGUGAAUGAUGUAACCACGAGUCAAACGAAACGAUUCUCGGCUACUGAAAAUGUAUGAUCGCGUUAUAAACCGCCGGGAGAUGAUAAAUUAUUAAUAUUAUCUUUUGA